AUGACGUCUGAUACCAGGAGCACCUUCUACCAACUUCAGCUGGCACGGCAGCUGCAGCCAGUCCUGGAUCAGAACAACUUGACCGCAGUAGUCCAGACACUGGUAAUUUCAAGAUUGGAUUACUGCAAUGCAAGAUUGGGGUGGCGCACAACAAUAUACUUAACCAAUGGGGAGUGGAAGUUCAACAACACCAGUUUUUCCCACCAAAUGAUGACUAGUGUGCAGAUGAACUAUAGUGCAAUCUCUCAACAUUUUUUUAUGCAGAGGCACCCAAUUUUAUAUGUGCUCAAUCUGAUCAUUCCAACAUGAAGACUUUUUGCCUCUUUUUCCUUCACUUCUGCCAGUUCUUCUGAAAAGAUCAACAUCAAGAUCACAUUGAUCCUAGAAAUCUCUUUUUUGUCAUUGAUUCUGCAUAAUAUUCUGCCUGCCUCUUCAGAUGACCCCCCUGUAAUAGCCAAAAUUUUCAUGGGUAUUUUCCUGUAGAUGGUUGCCAGCCUCCUUGAGAAUUACGUGACAAGGUCUCUGAAGGAGAUGAAACCUCCCUGUUGGUUUCUCAAAUGCGAGAGGCUUAUUUCCUCUAGAAAAAAGAAGAAAACUUCUGAAACUGUUCCUCAUCCCGACAUAGGAUUAGAAGAGCCCAGGGAUCAUACCCUGGCAGGCAAAGGAGAUGCAAAUAAAGAGCCUUACGUCUUUCUCAGAAGCAUCUAUUUGAAGGUGAAACAGAUGAGGAAACAGUUGUCUGCCAAGAGAAGCCCAGUUCUGACUAAUGCGAAAUGGAACAGGAUUGUGCUCUUAUUGAGGAACUGUUUUGCUAUGUUCGACUACUUCUUUCAAUAUUGUUUGUAG